GAAAGUGUCAAGAUGUCGUUUGUAUUACACGUUUCGGUUUAGAAAAGAAGAGAUGUAAAUUUAUAAUUAUAUCGUGAAUUAAUAUGACAGAGUAAUAAUUGUGUUUAACUUUAGAACAGUGGAUUUAUUACUUCUAAUGUUCAAUUUCGUAAGAUUUUGUGUUAAGUUACCAAAAUAUCUAUUGACUGAUACCUAUACAUUUCAUUACUUUGAAAUUACAAUAGCACUUCAGUUAUUCUUUUUACAUUAGACUAUUUAUAAACUGAAGAAUCUGCAACAAUUUAGUUAUUUACAGAUAUAAUACAAACGACAAUAAAAGUAUACGUAUGAAUGAAACCGGAUGUAUACAUUUUGUAGGCAUGCGUAUUACCGUAUUGUGUCUUUUUUCGCUUUCCGUUGACGUCAGUUUUCUAUGUACUUGCAUAAAAAAGCGUUACGAUAGAUUUUAGAAUUUGUAAUUCAAUUAUUUUGAAGACACGAUUAUAUUUAUUUUUUCUGUUGUCUUCGUUAACGUUGUAAAUGUUCGGUAAAGUAUAACAUUUGUAUGGUGCGUUUGAUGCGCUAAACUUCAUCGUGAGUCUUGCAAGUUCGCGAUACAAAUAUGCAAAUGCAAGAAGCGGAAGGAGCUGAUGGCUCCCCAUGGAACAAUUCCAGUGGUUGCGAUGAAGAACGUCGACCAGCCCAGAAGGAGGGUAAAAAAUCGAACAUAUUACCUCUUUGGGGAAAUGAAAGGACUAUGAACUUAAAUCCAUUAAUUUUAACAAAUAUACAGUCAUCCCACUAUUUUAAAGUCAAUUUAUACGAACUAAAGACAUACCAUGAGGUCAUUGAUGAAAUUUACUAUAAAGUCUCCCAUUUGGAACCAUGGGAGAAAGGAAGCAGGAAAACGGCGGGGCAGACUGGCAUGUGUGGAGGCCGGUUCAUGCAGGUUAGAGGCGUCGGCGCUGGAGGAAUUGUCUCGACGGCGUAUUGUCUGCUGUACAAACUCUUCACCUUGAGGUUAACACGGAAACAAUUAAAUGGUCUUAUCAACCAUCCCGAUUCACCGUAUAUUCGAGCACUAGGAUUUAUGUAUAUUAGAUACACACAACCACCAGCUGAUUUAUUUAGUUGGUAUAGCGAUUAUCUAGAAGACGAAGAGGAGUUAGAUGUAAAAGCUGGAGGAGGACAAGUAAUGAAAAUGGGUGAUAUUCUGAAACAGUUUCUUACUAAAUUAGAGUGGUUCUCAACACUAUUCCCAAGAAUACCAGUGCCUAUACAAAAAGAACUUGAGCAUCGAUUAGCGGAAAGGUUUCCUCAGCAGUCUAUGAACGCCAGAAACGCGAAACCACCUAUAACGUUAAAUAGCCACGGAAAAUAUAGUAACAGUGGAAAUAGAAAAGAUAACGGCAACCUUACAUCCCGCAACCAACCACGACAUAUCCCAGAUAGCGAAGCACAGUGGGGUGAGGCCGAAAGAACAAGCCAGUGGCGAGCCAGAUCUGAUGAGGAACGUAAGGACAAGUAUAGGGAGCGGGACCGUGAACGAGACCGGAUCAGAGAAAGAGAACGAGAGCGAGCACGGGAAAGGGACCGGGAAAGAGACCGCCAUUUUAAACGAUCGAGUAGCCGCGAUCGAAGUCGGAGACAAAGAGAUAAUAGAAGUCGUAGCAGAGAUAGGUCGCAUAGAGAUAGAAGUAGAGAUCGUUACCGUGAUAAAGAUCGUCAUCGAGAUAGGAGAGGUUCGCCUUACGAUUAUGCUACAGAACUUGCUCGGGAAAGGGAGAGACAACGAAGAGAAUAAAAAACAUGUACUGAUAUGUAUAUAUCGACAUAAAUGUUUGUACGAGUGUAACUAUAGAGAUAAAAAACGAUAUAGAACCGAGCCAUUCGAACACCACCACCGCGUUUUAAAGGAACCUCCUACUCCAUUUGGAGUGAUAGCCUAAAUUUAAUUCGACUAUAUUCACCAUGUAGUUUACAUGUUUUUAUAAAAUAAAUUCAUGAUUAUAA